UCGCAGUGCAUGUUGGGAAAUACAAUCCUCCCCAAGAUGGCGCUGCGUGUACUCUCUCGGUGUGUCCGCUGGUGGCCGCAACCUUGGAGCCGGCCAAGGACAGGCCCCAGCGUUGGGGCCAAGCUUUAUGCCGCAGCCAGCAGCAACUACUCUCAGCACGUUUGCAGCAGGAGGGCUCCUGCUGCUGCGCCCCGUGCUCAGAGUUGUAGUCCAUUUGUACAGUCAUUGCGUCAUUAUGGGGAUCUGCCUCCUCUUUCACUGGACAGCAUCCGGGAUCGAGUGCUGUACGUGUUAAAACUGUACGACAAAAUUAACCCUGAAAAGCUUCUACCGAGCUCUCAUUUCAUGAAAGAUUUGGGUUUGGAUAGUUUGGAUCAAGUAGAAAUCAUUAUGGCCAUGGAAGAUGAGUUUGGGUUUGAAAUUCCAGAUGUAGAUGCAGAAAAGCUAAUGACACCUGAUGAAAUUAUAACUUAUAUCGCAGAUAAGAAGGACGUGUACGAAUAAUCUUUUUUCCUGGAGACAAAAAAGGGUGCUUGCUGCUGAGAGCAUGUGAAACACUCAAUAUGUGGGGGAUCGCAAGCACUGUUUGAAGCAUAAGUGCUGCUCUAUGGUUUUUGUUGUCUGAUUAUGUUUGUUCAACCAGUGAUAUUUCAAGUUCUUGAUCACUUGACUUCAGGAAUGAAUAAAUUACUAUUGGAGACUUGA